GAAAAACAAAGAAAUUCAGAGGUCUGAAAUAGGCUACGAAGUCUUUUCCUUCCGCUUUAUCCGUUUCUAUCUAAAUAUCCACCCCGCCAUGGUAGCAAUGAAACAACACUUGCAUUUCCUCUGCACAAUGAUCAUGCUGCAAGUGCAACCUACUUCUACCACCCUUUCAUCACUCUAAUGUACUAUGCUGUUCCUCCUCAGCAGCUAUGGAAUUCGCAAGAACCAUCUUCUAUUCGUCUCCACCCUUCCCUCCAAGAACCCACCAAUGGCACACUCUUCCCCCAUCUUCUUCCACUUCCGUUUUGAUGCUUCGCGAACAAGCUUCCCCUACAGUUGCCUCUUGGUCUUCUAAUUUUUCAGCACAGAAUUUUCCUGCCUCAGUUCUUUUACAAGAGCAGCGAGAUGAAUACAGGCCUCUUUUGCACAUGUCUAAGGAAGACAAGACAUCAGAGGCAAUUUUAAAUACAAGGCAGAUGGAUAUUGCCACUGUUCAUGAAGAGAAUCACACUGGAAAUGCUGAUCAGGUAGUACUUGAAUUUAGGAAGCAACUGCAUCUCUGGCCUCAAUUACAGAACUUAUUAAAUUCCUCACAAAGAGAAGAAAUUGCUGCUUCUUCAACUUUACAGCCUGUUUCUGUUGAAUCGGAGAGGCAUACAGAUGGUGUGCAAUGUAAUGGAGUUUCUUUUGCUAAGAAAGCUUUGUCUACCUCAAAACGAGCAUCCUCAGUAGCUGAAGACUUGAAAUCAAUGAAAGCUGAUGAUGAUUCGAUUCCUUUUGGUCUGGCCUCUACUAGUUUGGCUGACCCUUCAAUUGGAAGAAAUAAAACUGUGAGGUCAACACGGCUUCUAGAGAGAAGAUCAAAACAAAGAAAGGUACCCAAGUCAAAAGUUAAAGAUGAUGAAACCUACCUUGCAAGAAAGGAUGAUGCACAAGAAAGGCUACGGGCAGAAAAGAAGAUAAAUGAAGAAUUUGAUCAAAAUGACACCCUGCGCUUGUUCUUGUGGGGUCCUGAAACAAAACAACUUUUGACACUUGAACAAGAAUCUCAACUGAUUUCUCAGAUACAGGAUUUAUUGAGAUUGGAAGAAUUGAAGACCAGGCUUCAAUCUCAAUUUGGAAGGGAACCAACUAUUGCUGAAUGGGCUGAGAGUGCAGGACUUAAUUGUCGAAUGCUGCAUGCACAGCUUCACAGUGGUAACAGAAGCAGAGAAAAGCUGAUUCAAGCAAAUUUACGCAUGGUAGUCCAUGUUGCCAAAAGUUAUCAGGGGCGUGGUCUCAGUCUUCAGGACUUAUUACAGGAGGGAAGUGUGGGUCUUAUGAAGAGUGUUGAAAAAUUCAAUCCCAUAGCUGGCUGUCGAUUCGGAAAUUAUGCAUUCUGGUGGAUAAGGCAAGCAAUAAGGAAGGCAGUGUAUAGACAUUCCAGGACAAUCCGUCUGCCGGAUAAGGUUUAUAUCCUAUUGGGCAAGGUAAUGGAGGCAAAGAAAUUGUACAUUCAAGAAGGAAAUCUUCACCCAACUAAAGAAGAAUUAGCAAGAAGGGUAGGAAUUACAGUAGAAAAGAUUGACAAAUUACUAUUUUCUGCAAGAAUUCCAAUUUCUAUGCAGCAAACUGUGUGGGCUGACCAAAAUACAACUUUCCAGGAGAUUACUGCAGAUCCCACAACUGAGGCCACAGACGUGACUGUUGAAAAACAGCUUAUGAGGCGACAUGUUCUCAAUGUCUUAAGUACCCUGCGCCCCAAAGAAAGGAAAAUAAUCCGGCUAAGAUAUGGUUUUGAGGAUGGUGAACAGAAAUCUUUAUCAGAAAUUGGAGACAUAUUUGGCUUGUCUAAGGAAAGGGUUCGUCAAUUGGAGAUCCGAGCGCUAUACAAGCUGAAGAAGUGCCUUGUCAAACAAGGACUGGAUGCUUAUGUAGACUUGCUUUUAUAGAUGAGUAGACACGAAGAUUAUGUAGUUCAUUUUGCACGGAUGAGACUUUUCUGGCUACCAUUUGAACAACGGUAUCAAGUUCAAACUUUUGAAGGCAAAUUUAACUAUAAAUACUGUGAUUGAGGACAAAUCAGAGGGCAUGACGGCUGCCAGUUGGCAGAGGAAAAUUGAAGUGCGAAUUAAAAGCCGAGGCUUAUACAAAUGUGAACACUUUUAGGUGAAAAUGUUGUAAUGAUAUUUAUUCCACAAAAGGAAAGGUUUUUUUAACCUUAAAUAAAUGAUAUCUUGUAUAUGUUUAACGUGAAUUUGUAUUCUACUAUUCUUUUGA